UUCCGCGUCGUCAUUGUUCCGGAGCCGAAGUUGGGUUCGUGUGGUCGCCGGUUAGAAGCGCUCUGACUCGGGUUGUAAGAGAACGUGUCUUUUACUGCCAGAACGGAGAUUUUGAAAAGCUCAGAUAAUCCCUUUCGAUCCUGAUUUACAGUGUCGAAGUUGUUCUUCGAGUGGAUAUCUACCCGAACUGAACAUGGCGGAGGGCAAAAACGCCGACGACCUGGCCACGGCCAUCCUGAAGAAGAAGGAGCGCCCCAACCGGCUGCUGGUGGACGAGGCUGCCAGUGACGACAACUCGGUGGUGGCGCUGUCGCAGACCAAGAUGGACGAGCUGCAGCUGUUCCGCGGCGACACUGUCCUGCUCAAGGGCAAGAAGCGCAAGGAGACGGUCUGCAUCGUGCUCGCCGACGACACGGUCGCCAACGAUAAGGUGCGCAUGAACCGGGUGGUGCGCAACAACCUUCGAGUUCGACUGGGCGAUGUCGUCUCCAUUCAGCCCUGUCCGGACGUCAAAUAUGGGAAACGAGUCCAUAUUCUGCCCAUAGAUGACACUGUUGAAGGACUGACUGGGAACCUGUUCGACGUGUAUCUGAAACAGUACUUCCUGGAGGCGUACCGCCCGAUCCACAAGGGCGACCUGUUCCUGGUGCGCGGCGGACUGCGCGCAGUCGAAUUCAAGGUGGUCGACACGGACCCGCAGCCGUACUGCAUCGUGGCGCCCGACACGGUCAUCCACUGCGAGGGCGAGCCUAUUCGCCGCGAGGAGGAGGAGGAGGCGCUGAACGAAGUCGGCUAUGACGACAUCGGAGGAUGUAGGAAGCAGCUGGCCCAGAUUAAGGAGAUGGUCGAGCUCCCGCUCAGACACCCCAGCCUGUUCAAGGCGAUCGGUGUGAAGCCGCCGCGAGGCAUCCUGCUGUACGGGCCGCCCGGUACCGGCAAGACUCUGAUCGCGCGCGCCGUGGCCAACGAGACGGGCGCGUUCUUCUUCCUCAUCAACGGGCCCGAGAUCAUGAGCAAGCUGGCCGGCGAGUCGGAGAGCAACCUGCGCAAGGCGUUCGAGGAGGCCGAGAAGAAUUCACCGGCCAUCAUCUUCAUCGACGAGCUGGACGCCAUCGCGCCAAAGCGCGAGAAGACGCACGGCGAGGUGGAGCGGCGCAUCGUCUCGCAGCUGCUGACGCUGAUGGACGGGCUCAAGCAGCGCGCGCACGUCAUCGUCAUGGCGGCCACCAACCGGCCCAACUCGAUCGACCCGGCGCUGCGCCGCUUCGGCCGCUUCGACCGCGAGGUGGACAUCGGCAUCCCGGACGCCACCGGCCGGCUGGAGGUGCUGCGCAUCCACACCAAGAACAUGAAGCUGGGCGAGGACGUGGACCUGGAGCAGGUGGCCGCCGAGAGCCACGGCCACGUGGGCGCCGAUCUGGCGGCGCUCUGCUCGGAGGCGGCGCUGCAGCAGAUCCGCGAGAAGAUGGACCUUAUCGACCUGGAGGACGACCAGAUUGACGCCGAGGUGCUCGGCUCGCUGGCCGUCACCAUGGAGAACUUCAGGUUCGCCAUGGGCAAGAGCACACCGAGCGCUCUGCGCGAGACGGUGGUGGAGGUGCCCAACGUGUCCUGGGACGACAUUGGCGGCCUGCAGAACGUGAAGAAGGAGCUACAGGAGCUGGUGCAGUACCCGGUGGAGCACCCGGAGAAGUUCCUCAAGUUUGGCAUGACGCCGUCGCGUGGUGUGCUGUUCUACGGGCCGCCCGGCUGCGGCAAAACGCUGCUGGCCAAGGCCAUCGCCAACGAGUGCCAGGCCAACUUCAUCUCGAUCAAGGGGCCCGAGCUGCUGACCAUGUGGUUCGGCGAGUCGGAGGCGAACGUGCGCGACGUGUUCGACAAGGCCCGUGCCGCCGCGCCCUGCGUGCUCUUCUUCGACGAGCUGGACUCGAUCGCCAAGGCGCGCGGCGGCAACCUGGGCGAUGCCGGCGGCGCCGCCGACCGCGUCAUCAACCAGGUGCUCACUGAAAUGGACGGCAUGGGCUCCAAGAAGAACGUGUUCAUCAUCGGCGCCACCAACCGGCCAGACAUCAUCGACCCGGCCAUCCUGCGUCCGGGCCGGCUGGACCAGCUUAUCUACAUUCCGCUGCCCGACGACAAGUCGCGCAUCUCCAUCCUGAAGGCCAACCUGCGCAAGUCGCCCAUCGCCAAGGAUGUGGACCUCGACUACAUGGCCAAGAUGACGCACGGCUUCUCGGGCGCCGACUUGACCGAGAUCUGCCAGCGCGCCUGCAAGCUGGCCAUCCGGCAGGCCAUCGAACAGGACAUCGCGCGCGAGCGCCAGCGCCUGCAGAACCCCGACAUGGAUAUGGAGAUGGAUGAGGAGGACCCGGUGCCGGAGAUCACGCGGGCGCACUUCGAGGAGGCCAUGAAGUUCGCGCGCCGCUCAGUCUCCGACAAUGACAUCCGGAAGUACGAGAUGUUCUCACAGACGCUGCAGCAGUCGCGGGGCUUCGGCCAGAACUUCAGGUUCCCGAGCAGCCAGGGCGGCAGCUCGCAGCCGCAGGGGGGCGGCGCCGGCCAGGGCUCGGGCGCCAACUUCCAGGACGAGGGCGAGGACGACUUGUACGGCUAGGCGGGGGACGCGCCCUGCUUGCCGCGGCAGCGCGGCCGACAGCAUCCUUCGAUAAUCGAGCGCUGCGUCCUGGAGCGAGUACACAGUUCAGUUGGCCUACCCGCGCUGAGAGAACUGACAGGCGUAACUUAUUUGCGGUCAGUACAAGCAAGUUGGUUUGUUGUGCACCUCGAAUAAACCGUUGCACAAAAUCGGAUUUUCUGCAGCUGGAAGACCACCUGUGUACUGGACUGCUGUGAUGACCUGUGGCCGCCCGCCGUCCGGCUGUUUAGGGCGGCGUGGCGGAAAAUAAAAACGAUACAGAACGAGGUGUGGACCAGAACAGCGUUUUGCGACUUAGAUGGGUCUUCAAUAAAUCGACAAUACUGAG